UCACUAAUCGCAGCACCUCUGAGCGCGUGGGCGUGUGAACGGGGAGCGCGUGUGUUUGGCUGCAGCGGUGCAGGCGGUGGGGAUAUGCUGCUUCCUGUGUGCUAGCCAGUCAGAUCAGAGUGCCGCAUGCCAUCGCUGCCCUUAUCCUGAGGAAUCCAUGUGCUAGCCAACGUGUGUUUCACACACAGAGAGAGAGAGGGACAGAGAGAGGGAGAGAAGGAGAGAGAGAAUGUGUGUGUGUGUCAGUUAGAGACGAAGCUGCCUGCCUUCCAGAAUGCUGUAACCCUGGAGGACAGAGAGGACAGCGCCGCUUUCUAUCCUGGAUUAUAAUACACCCUAGGAACUGUAGUGUCAAUGGAAUGGGGGGUUAUAAAAGAGGGGGUACAAUGUGUCUUCCUGAUGAGGUAGAAGUUACGGAGCUGCGUGUGUGAGUGACAGAGGGGGUACGUUGUGAUGCGGUCAGAGCGGGCAAGCCGUGUGUGUAUCGUAGUGCUGGAGGAAGAAGAGGAGGAUGAACAUUCCUCUCCUCCUCGCCCCUCUCCUUUUCCUCGCCCCUCUCCCCCCUUUCACCCCAAACCCUCUCCAGACCGCAAGUCCCAUCAUGCCGUGCGUCGCAGAGCUCAAGAAGAUAAGCCCUCUCUGCUGAAAGCCAUAUUUUCUGUGGACCCUGAUGAAGUCCGCUCCCUCAUACUCAAAAAGGAAGAUGUCAAUGUUCAGGACAAUGAGAAGAGGACCCCACUCCACGCUGCCGCCUACCGUGGAGAUGCUGACAUCAUCCAGCAGCUCAUCCUCUCAGGAGCCAGAGUAAAUGCUAAAGACAACCAAUGGUUGACUCCUCUUCACCGGGCCGUUGCCUCUGGUAGUGAGGACGCCGUGUCUGUGUUGAUAAAACACAGUGCUGACGUGAACGCGCGGGACAAGAACUGGCAGACUCCUCUCCACGUGGCGUCCAGUAACAAGGCUCUCCGCGUUGCCGAGGCCCUCCUCCCGUUGCUUAGCAACGUCAACGUGUCGGACCGGGGAGGCCGGACAGCCCUCCACCAUGCUGCCUUUAGCGGACACCUGGAGAUGGUGAGGCUGCUUCUCUCCAGAGAUGCCAACGUCAACGCCUUUGAUAAGAAGGACAGGAGAGCUAUCCACUGGGCUGCCUACAUGGGUCACGUGGAGGUGGUCAGGUUGUUGGUGUCUAACGGGGCCGAGGUGGACUGUAAAGAUAAGAAGGGUUACAGUCCGCUACACGUCGCUGCCUCCAGUGGCAUGACCACCACGGUGCAGUACCUGCUAGGGCUGGGCGUUCAGAUUAAUCAGGGUAAUAUGUACGGGAACUCUGCUCUCCAUAUAGCCUGUUACAAUGGUCAGGAUGUGGUGGUCAACCAACUCCUGGAGGCUGGGGCCUCCGUCAAUCAGGUGAAUGAGCGGGGUCUGUCUCCACUCCACUUUUCAGCCUGUUCCCGCCAGGGGGCGCUGUGUCUGGAACUACUACUGGGGAACGGUGCUAAUGUCAACAUCAAGAGUAAGGACGGGAAGACUCCUCUCCACAUGGCUGCGGUCCAUGGAAGGUUCUCGCGUUCUCAGGCUGUUAUCCAGAACGGUGCUGAUGUGGACUGUGAGGAUAACAAUGGCAACUGUCCCCUUCACAUAGCCGCUCGCUACGGCCACCAGCUACUGAUCAACAAUCUGCUCACACACGGAGCCGACACCGCCAAGCGCGGCAUACACGGUAUGUUCCCCCUCCACCUGGCUGCCCUCAGUGGUUUCUCGGACUGCUGCAGGAAACUGCUGUCGCCCGGCUUCCACAUCGACACGCCGGACGACUUCGGGAGGACCUGUCUGCACGCCGCCGCCGCCGGAGGGAACCUGGAGUGUCUGAACCUGCUGUUGAACACGGGAGCCGACUUCAACAAGAAGGACCGGUUUGGAAGGACUCCGCUGCACUAUGCCUGUUGUAGCAGUAGCUGUCAGUGUGUGUUUGCCCUGGUGGGCUCCGGGGCUGGAGUGAACGAGCUGGACGAGAGGGGCUGCUCUCCUCUACACUACGCCGCUGCGGGAACAGACGGAAAAUGUGUCGAGUACCUGUUGAGGAGUGACGCUAACCCAAGGAUCAGAGACCGGCAGGGUUACAACCCCGUCCACUAUGCAUCAGCCUACGGAAACACACAGUGCCUGGAACUGAUAGCCAGGGAGACUCCCCUAGAUGUGCUGCUGGAGACAUCAGGUACAGACAUCCUGAAUGACCCCGAUAACCACGCCCUCGUCAGCCCCCUUCACCUCUCGGCGUACCAUGGUCACUGUGGUGUUCUGGAGGUGCUGGCUGCCUCUCUGUUGGAGGUGGACCCGCGGACCCCCGAGGGACAGACUCCCCUGAACCUGGCCUGCUGCAGGGGUCACCAGGAGUGUGUGUCCCUGUUACUGCAGCAUGGAGCUCACACGCACACCAAGGACUACACACUAAAGAGGACCGCUUUACACAGUGCAGCGAUGAACGGCCACGCGGAGUGUCUCCGUCUUCUAAUCAGUAACAACGACACACACAACUCUGUGGAUGUUCAGGAUGCCAGUGGACAGACUCCUCUGAUGCUGGCGGUACUGAGCGGACACACAGAGUGUGUGUAUUCUCUGUUGAGUAGAGGAGCUAACGUAGAGGCUAAAGACCAGUGGGGCAGGACGGCACUACACCGCGGGGCGGUGUCGGGUCACGAGGAGUGUGUGGAGGCGUUGUUGCAGCGCGGGGCCAGUGUGUCGGUGUGUGACCGGUCUGGACGUUCUCCAGUGCACCUGGCGGCAGCCUGCGGUGACACGGGGGUUCUGGGAGCUCUGCUGCUGGCGUGUAACGCCUCACACACACGCACACACCUCACCGACAACCAUGGAUACACACCGCUGCAUUGGGCCUGCUAUAAUGGUUAUGACGGGUGUGUGGAGUUGUUGUUGGAACAGGAGGUGUUCAGGAAGACUCAGGGAAACCCCUUCAGCCCUCUGCACUGUGCCAUUAUGAAUGACAACGAGGGAGUCGCUGAGAUGUUGAUUGACUCUCUGGGUUCGGCUAUAGUCAACGCUACAGACGCCAAGGGCAGGACUCCCCUCCAUGCGGCAGCGUUCUCCGACCACGUGGAGUGUGUGUCCUUGUUGUUGAGUCAUGGAGCACAGGCCAACGCCGCUGACACUCACACAGGCUCCACCCCACUGAUGAUGGCAGCACACAAUGGACAGACCAACGCCGUGGAAGUGUUAGUAAGAAGUGCUAAGGCAGAUCUCACACUACAGGAUUCUGGCAAGAACACAGCGCUUCACCUGGCUUGUAGCAAGGGCCAUGAGACCUGUGCGUUGUUGAUACUAGAGAAGAUAUCAGACAGAAACGUCAUCAACUGCACCAACACCUCCCUCCAGACGCCCCUCCAUGUAGCAGCUAAGACUGGGUUGACGGUGGUGGUCCAGGAACUGCUGGGGAAAGGGGCCAGUGUCCUGGCAGUAGAUGAGAACGGUUACACUCCAGCCCUGUCCUGCGCCCCUAACAGAGAUGUAGCUGACUGUCUGGCUCUCAUCCUCAACUCCAUGCUGCCGGUCUCUCCUCUGGUCUCCAUAGCAACGCUUUCUUCUGUGAAUAAUUACUCCAACCACCAAUCGAAGGGUGUGGCCUACAACUGCCCUCCCCCUCUGAGGCCUGACCACGCCUCCUACUGCCGGCCGGACCGCAUACUCUGCGUUGCCUCUGACGACGAUAACGAGCUCAAUGACUCAGAUUCUGAGACGUACUGAAUAUAAUUUGGGCCGUACUUUAUGUUCAUUGUUGGGAUUUUAAGACUACUCUGACCCCAUGACUCCACUAUGUUAAGUCCUGUAGUCUCCUUGUCAAGGUUUCAUUCUGAAAAGCCAGGACUGGGCGUCAACGGUGGGUCGCUCCAGUCUACAGCGAUUGGUCCCUGGUACCAAACCUCUGUCCUAUGACAACCAAGGCUGGGGCUGUACUUAUGGAGAGAGCAGAGGGACAAUCUUAGCCAUGGACCAAACAGACCCUACAACUUUUCUUCUUCCUUUCCUCUGUAUCUCCAGAUCUCUCAUGUAUGUUUUUCUAGCCUGGGUACCGGUUUUGUUUCGCCAAUGUCGUAUGCCAAAGCUGUUCAGCAGGAAAGGAAAGUGGCUAAACAGAUGGGUACGCAGACUAGUUUUAUUCUAUUUCAGAAAUAAUUUAUUAUAAUGGACAACAGAGAAAAAACUUUAACCUCUGAGUCAUGCUGAGUAGGUCCUGACACAAUGGUUCACACAGGAGUUAUAAUACACAGGGUGGUCUGAUUCAUAGUCCAUUGCUCCAAGAGAGGAGUUAGUAAGGUUACUAAGGUGCCAUCAAUUAACUUCCCUCUCAGAACAUUUAUACACUGUACUGGAGACAGGGUGUGUGUGUGUGUGUGUGUGUGUAAAAUUUUUUGCCUAAAACGUUUCAGGAGUGAGAAGUCUCAAGGCACAGUAUGGACAUAAUAUGGGGCAAGGGUCUUAAUAAUGAUUGUUAAUGAAUACAUAAAUAUUUUACAUUUCA